AUGUCGGGAGUAGAAAAGAGUGUAGCUCGCAAAGAAAUCUAUGACACGUUAGCUCUUUGUAAUAUCUGCAUACGUACAAUAGGCUUGCCUUUCAUUGACGAUGUACCGAACACAUUCUUUAACAGCUUGGUCAUAUAUAUAGCUUUCAUUGUUUCGGCCUUAUUGGUCGUGUUGAUGCUGGCUGGUGAGAUAGCCUAUGUCGCCGGUAAGAUGAUACAUAAUGCGUCUAUUGAAGAGUUUGUCGGUAGUUACGUGCAUAUCGCUGGAUACGAUACUCUGAGUUUUGGCAAACUAAUAACAAUCUGGUACAAGAGACAUACGUUCAGGCAACUGGUGGUUGAGCUGGCAGAGAUAUGGCCGGUUUCCAUCAAAGACAAAGACUCCGUGGAGGUAAAACGGAACAGCCUGUCAGCACUGAAACACAGGCAGUUUAUGUACGCCUUUUGGAAUAUCUUGGGCGUGUGGUUGUAUAACUUGACGCCGCUGGCCUUGCUCGCGUACCGUAAGAUACGCGGCGUACCAAUGGAGCUCGGCUACGUGUGGCAGAUGUCGUAUCCUUUCGACAAAACGCAGCCUGUCGUCCACAUCUUCGUAUACAUUUUUGAAACGUGCGCUGGUUGCAUAUCAGUAUGCUGUAUGCUUGGCUCCGAUCUGCUGUUCAUGACGAUGGCCAGCCAUAUCAGCAUGCUGCUCCGGCUGCUGCAGGAUCAGAUACGUCACCUGGGACAAGAUAAUGACAAUACUCAUGGAUAUAAUGAUUGCUAUAAGGAUAUUGUGGCUGUCGUCAAAAUACAUCAGCGAUUGAUCAGAUACAUAAAUGAUUUGGAGGAUGCUUUCUCAGUGGUCAAUCUUAUCAAUGUGCUUUUGAGUUCCGUAAAUAUAUGCUGCGUUAUGUUCACCAUCGUAUUUCUAGAUCCAUGGAUGGAAAUGAGCAAUAAAUUUUAUCUAGGAGCAGCUUUAACACAAAUGGGUAUAGUCUGCUGGUAUGCGGAUGAUAUUUACAGAGCGAGCAUAGGUGUGUCAGACGCGGUGUAUGAAAGCGGAUGGUACAAAAGCAACACAAGAUGUCGGCGCGCGAUGCUCGUGGUACUCCGACGGUCACAGAGGCCUUUGUACUUCACAGCACUCAAAUUCCGACCUAUCACAAUGAUUACAUAUAGUUCGAUCCUGACGACAGCGUAUUCGUACUUCACACUUCUUUACACAUCAUAUCGUCGAGAUUAAUCAGGACAGCAAUAAGAAUUCUUUUUUAAUGUCGGGUUGCACAGUAUUCUCAGAUAAGUAGUUUAAAUGUUAAUGUAACUUGGAAAGUUAAUAAAUAUGACGUAAGCAGA